CAUUUGUGAAAAUGGUAAACAACUUCUCAUCGCGACCGGAUGGUUGUGAUGUGUGUGUGGGACCAAAUCCAAUUCCUUGUCCGCUCCAUGGAGCCCGGCGGCGAGGUUGCCACCAAGCGUCCCAAGCUCUCCUCUGACGUCAGCGCCGGCGCCGGUAGCGAGGACCGCCUCAGCGCCCUCCCGGACGACAUCCUGGUACUCAUCCUCCGCCACCUCCCCACCACCGCCGCUGCUCGGACCAGCGUCCUCUCCCACCGCUGGCGCCGCAUCUGGACCCUCCUCCCGGAGCUCCGCUUUCCUUCUGCCACAGAUCCCCACCAGAUCGGCCACGCCCUCCAGGUCCACGAGGCGGCCCUCCGGUGCCUCUUCGUCUUGACCCGGGACGCGGGCCCCGACUCCGUGACGGCCUGGCUCCCCGUCGCCGCGCGCCGCCUCUCCGGCUUCCUCUUCUUUCAGAAUCUUGAGCGGCAGAGGAGCGCCCAGGAACGCAACGAGGAGGAGGCCGCACAAAGGGGCGCCUUUGAGUUCCCCUGCCUGGAGCGCGCCACCAAUGUCUCGCUUCACCUAGGAUUCCUGGGCCUCGCCGUGCCGCCCGCCGGCGUGUUCGCUCGGCUCACCGAGCUGUGCCUGUCUCGCGUCCGGUUCCACGCCCCGGGGUUGCUCGGCGACGCCGUUUCCUCGCUGCGGUGCCCGUGCUUGCAGAAGCUCACCGUCCGUGACGCCCGGGGGCUGGACAACCUCGCCAUCAAUUCCGAUUCUCUCCGGCAAGUGGCGCUCUCUGAUCUGCGUGGAUUGCGGCAGCUCACCAUUGUGGCGCCGGCUCUUGAGGACUUUAACAUUACGCAUUCCUUCUUCCACAAUCAGAGUCAGCCGGUUGCCAGCAUCUCAGCCCCUCAGCUGGCAACCCUUGAGUGGAUGGAUCCGUAUGACCCAAGCUCCGUCCAUCUUGGCGAGAUGGAACAUCUCCAGUUGCUGAGGCCUUUCUUCUUUCUUGUAUAUGGACAUGAGGGCUGGACACACAAUCAAUCGUGUUUAAGUCUCUUGCGUCGUUUCAAGUUCAUCGAACGUCUUAUCCUCACACUGACCUAUCUGUGGAACAUGGAUUACUGUCACUACGUGAUGGAGGAUAUGACAAUGCUCCCGGACAUCAUGAUUUUGCAUCUGAAUGUAUUGGCAAAUGGACAUGCAUUUGGGGCCAGUGCAUUUCAUGUUCUCAGGAUGUGUUCUGGUAUAAGAAGGCUGGUGCUGGCAUUGUUUGCUCCUACUGAGGUGGAGGCACAAACUACGUGCCCACCAGGUUGCAUUUGCUGUGAGCAACAAAACUGGGAAACCGAGCCCCUGUUGUUGAAUCGCCUCCAGGAAGUAGAAAUCAUUCGGUUGAGAGGGUCCGAACAUGAAGUUACUUUUGUGAAGCAGCUGUUCAUUUGGGCAACAGCAUUAGAAAAGAUGACAGUAACUUUCGACGACUCAGUUACUGAAAGCGUGGCCAAGGAGUUGUCCGAGGUGCUACGAAGCUUCUGUAGGCCAGAAAUACACAUGGAAAUUCACACGUAUGAGGACAUGAUCAAGAUGAUGUAUGCACCCGAAGACAUGCACCGGCUUAUCGCGAUGUUGUCGUAGUUUUCCUCUCUGUUAUGUAGUGCAGUGGUUGAGAUCAUCAAAAUGCUACAGCACUUCCUGCUGGCAUGCUGAGGAGGUGGAGAUCAGUCUUGUUUGGAUCAUCAAUCCAAUGACUCUGUAAUUGGACAUUCGCAAGCCUUUCAGAAAAAUGGCCAGGAUGAUCUUUCACUAGCUGUAGCGAUUUCUAAAUGGUCUUUUUUCUUUCCAACGCUCAAACCUCAUUGUUCAGUUAACCUAAUUGAUCGUUGAAGUAGCAAAUUUUCCCAACAGUAAAAGUUUUACUGUUCCAGUA